AUGAAGCUCGUUGUUGUCCUCGCUCACCUUCUGGGCCUCGCCGUGGCACUCGAGUCGACGGGGCUCGAGCGUCGGGCGAGACAUCCGCACAAGCGGACCUCCAGGCCCAAGAAAUACUCUGGGGCCGCGGCAAUGCGAGCGCCCAACAAGCCCCCCAACUGCCCGAACGAGUACAGAACCUCGCUCGGCAAGCCUUCACAGCACCGGGCCAAAGCGGCGCUCAAGCAGGUGCCAGCUGACUUGAUCGACCCUGACGUGCAGCGGCGCCGCGAGAGUUUCAAGGCCAUGCAGAGGCUGCGCAGUCAGGCCCAGGCCAGCGACUUCUAUGAGUGCACGAACCCGAGCCAAGUCCCGUCCAUUGCCGACUGCGACGUCGUUGUGGAGCAGGUCUUGUCCACCAGCGACGAGCUCGUCGUCACGGCGAACUCGUGCCUCACCUUCUCGUACAACACCUGCCAGGCCUUUUUCUGCUCGCUCUGCGAGACGCUGAUCACCACGACCGACUUCAUCGGCAACGAGCUCGACACCACCGAGGCGCUUUGCUUGCAGAACGGACAGGCCGGCACCAUCGUGGGCGAGGACGCGCCCCAGUGGGAUGCCGGCUUCACCUACGAAGGGCAGCCCCUGCCGACGUAUGACGUGUGUUGA